CGAACUUCGAACAGUGUCUGUGUAUGAACGCACCACAGAAAGCAUUGAAAGGAAUUAAGAUAGGACCCUUCUAUUACGCCCCUAGAUUGCUCUUGGUUGGCUUUGUGACGAUCAAUACGCAGAAGCAGAUCUUCAGGAGCGUCAUCGCCCUCUGGGCAGUUGAAACCAGCAGAGAUUCAGUUUUACCUAAUGGGGUUUGCUGAUGUGAUUCUGCAUUGCAUGGUGCUAAUCAUAGUAUAUGCAGUUAUAGCGACCAGAGAUCAAAUUGUCCACCACCCACAGAGAAGUUGCUUGUUCAUACCCCGCCGGAUAUCGUGGAGUCCUCCGAAUCGUGGGAUUUCAACGGAAGAAUCAACAUGGAGAAGGUGCUUUCUGUCUUUUCAUCUGGAGUUUGGGGUAUAAAAAGGGGUUCGAAUCCCGCUUUUUUUUUUGGAAUCUCGAG